AUGGGUGGCUGUUGUUCUCUAAUACGACGAAAGCGGGCUGAACACUUUAACGAAAAGUUCAAAAUCGUAGAUGGGCGACGAUUUCAAUUGUUAGAUGAUUCAAAUUAUUUCUUGCCAAACGAUUCAGGAGAAGAAGAAAGAUUAGACAUACAACACGCUGUCUGGAAGCAUGGCUUCAAUGGGAAUUUUUCGGCACCUGUCGAUCAACUGUUAAGGAGUGGGGCGAGGGUACUUGAUGUUUGUUGCGGUUCAGCUAUUUGGACGCUAGAAUUAGCCAAACAAUAUCCUAAUUCUCAUUUUAUCGGCAUAGAUAUUGCACCUGUAGUCCUUGCGGAAGAAAAGCCUAGCAAUGUCGAAUUCAUCGAAUACAACGUCCUUGAUGGACUUCCUUUUAAUAACAACUCGUUCGAUUACGUAUUUUCCAGAACAGUUCUUUCAGUAUUUACAAGCACACAAUGGACUGAGCUUGCUAUUCCAGAGUAUGUGAGAGUUACCAAGCCAGGCGGAUGGGUAGAGUUGGCGGAGUUUGAUGGAGUGUUAAGAGGCGAAUGUGACAAUGUUCAACGUUUGAAUAAAGCAUGGAUUGAUAUAGCUGGAUCAAAGGACCUGCUUGUGGCACCUGGCCUGGAAAUCCGGGGCUUCCUGGAACAAUCUAGUUGGCUUACAAACAUUGGUUAUGGGGAAACAGUCGUCCCCGUAGGGCCAAAAGGAGACAAAUACGCUGAAAUGGCAAUACGAGACUGGCGAGAUCUCUGGCGUGGACUGAAAUUUCCCUAUACAGCGGUAAUGAACGUGACUGGGGAACACUAUGAUGCUAUUUGCGAAGCUGCAGUCAAGGAGCUCAUAGCGUAUGGUGUCACGUGGGGGUUGAUGAGGGCGUGGGGUCAGAAAAAGGAUCGUACUGCUUAG